AUGAAGCUGUCACUUGUCGUCACCAUCGUGGCCUACGCCGCUACUGCUCAAAGUGCCAUCACAUGGACUGUCCAAAAGGUCACGAAUCCUACGGCCGAUCAAACAGACGCCUACAACAGAACUGAGGCUGCUAUGCGCCUUGCUGUUGCUCGCCAUUCCAGACUUGGAAGCGCAAUAAAGAACCUGCGUGUCUAUUACACUCCUGGUGUCCCGACAGCAGAGGCAAACUACAACGGCGACGUGCGUUUUGGCACCAACCGCGCUUAUAUGAACGAGCGCACUGCUCUUCACGAAAUCUCUCACACCUUGGGUGUUGGUCAGACCGCCGAAUUUGACCGCAAGUGUGCUGCAGGCGAUUGGGCGAGCGCAUUGCCACUCCUUCGGUCUUGGGAUGGAGCUGGUGCGGUCAUCAAUUGCGGAGGCUCACACAUUUGGCCAUAUGGGCUCAACUACGACAAUGAAUGGAGCGAAACGAAUGCCAAUCGCCACGUUCGACUGAUCAAUGCAAUGAUUCGGGAUGGUAUGUAG